AUGUCUUGUUUUCUUGCUCAGUUGAGCAUCGGGGCCUCCCACUUCUCCUUCUACUCUGGUAAUUCUGGAUUUGGAGCUAAAUUUGACCAAGAUAAUGAUAGCAUAAGGAAACAUGGAGGCUUUGGUAUAAACAUAAAGGGCGGAAGUGAAGAAUCAUCUGAUGAAGACAAUGCAAGUGAAAAUAAGGCUAAAGUCGGCCAUGGACAUGGCAGCAAAGAGAGUCAUGGAAACUUGGAUAUUACCAUAAAGGGUGGAAAGUCAUCUGAGAAAGAUAACACAAAUGGAAAAAAGGGUACUUUUGGGCUUGGAGCUAAUAUUGGCCAUGGACAUGGCAGCAAAGAGAGUCAUGGAAACUUGGAUAUAACCAUAAAGGGUGGAAAGUCAUCUGAGGAAGAUAACACAAAUGGAAAGAAGGGUAAUUCUGGGUUUGGAGCUAAAAUUGGGCAAGAACAUGGUAAAAAAGGAAAACAUGGAGGCUUUGGUAUAAACAUAAAGGGUGGAAGCAAAGAAUCAUCUAAUGAAGGCAACACAAAUGGAAAUAAAGAAGACUAUGGAAAGUCAUCAUUUGAAGACAUAGACUUGGACAGUGGCAUUGUUCCAACUUAUAGUCCAGUAUUCACUAUAGAACCAUGGAUCAUCCCUCAAACCGCUCAAUUAUUGUAUCGCAAUGAUUACCCAGGGGUUACAGAAGGAGUUGAGACAGAAGAGCCAAUUGAACCUGUACAUCCUGUGGAACCAGAGAGUCCCACUGAACCUGAAGAGACCAUUGUACCUGUUGAACCAGAGAACCCCAUAGAACCUGUGGAGCCCACUGAACCUGAAGAGCCCACUGAACCUGAGACCAUUAUACCUGUUGAACCAGAGAACCCCAUAGAACCUGAGGAGCCCACUGAACCUGAAGAGCCCACUGAACCUGAGACCAUUGUACCUGUUGAACCAGAGAUCCCCAUAAAACCCGAGGAGCCCACUGAACCUGAAGAGCCAGUGGUACCAGUAAACCCCACCCCCAUCAUUGAACCUGAGGAAUCUGUUGAACCUGAGGAGCCUAAUGAACCUGAGGACACUACUGUACCUGUUGAACCAGAGAACCCCAUUGAACCUGAGGAGCCCACUGAACCCGAAGAGCCCACUGAGCCUGAGGAGACCAUUGUACCUGCUGAACCAGAGAACCCCAUAGAACCCGAGGAGCCCACUGAACCUGAAGAGCCAGUGGUACCAGUAAACCCCACCCCCAUCGUUGAACCUGAGGUACCUAUUGAACCUGAGGAGCCCAUUGAACCUGAGGAGCCUGUGGAACCAGUGAACCCUAUUACACCUGAAGUGCCCAUUGAACCUGAAGAGCCAGUGGGACCAGUGAUCCCCACUGAACCUGAAGAGCCUGAGGAACCAGAGAACCCUAUCCAACAUGAGGAGCCCACUGAACCUGAAGAGCCCACUGAACCUGAGACCAUUGUACCUGUUGAACCAGAGAACCCCAUAAAACCCGAGGAGCCCACUGAACCUGAAGAGCCAGUGGUACCAGUAAACCCCACCCCCAUCAUUGAACCUGAGGAAUCUGUUGAACCUGAGGAGCCUAAUGAACCUGAGGACACUACUGUACCUGUUGAACCAGAGAACCCAAUUGAACCUGAGGAGCCCACUGAACCCGAAGAGCCCACUGAGCCUGAGGAGACCAUUGUACCUGCUGAACCAGAGAACCCCAUAGAACCCGAGGAGCCCACUGAACCUGAAGAGCCAGUGGUACCAGUAAACCCCACCCCCAUCGUUGAACCUGAGGUACCUAUUGAACCUGAGGAGCCCAUUGAACCUGAGGAGCCUGUGGAACCAGUGAACCCUAUUACACCUGAAGUGCCCAUUGAACCUGAAGAGCCAGUGGGACCAGUGAACCCCACUGAACCUGAAGAGCCUGAGGAACCAGAGAACCCUAUCCAACCUGAGGAGCCCAAUGAGCCUGUGGAAUCAGUAAACCCCAUUACACCUGAAGAGCCCAUUGAACCUGAACAGCCAGUGAAACCGGAGAACCCCAAUGAACCUGAGGAGCCCAUUGAACCUGUAGAACCAGUGAACCCUAUUGAACCAGAAGAGCCCACUGAACCUGAAGAGCCUGUGGAACCAGUAAAUCCCAUUGAGCCAGAAGAGCCCACUGAACCUGAAGAGCCUGUGAUAGAUGAAAACCCUACCAAACCUGUGGAGCCCAAUGAGCCUGCGGAGCCUGUAGAAUUAGUAACCCCAGCUGAGCCUCUGGAACCAGUGAACCCCAUUGUACCUGAGGAGCCGACUAAACCUUUGGAAAGCUUUCCUGAGCCUAAUACUACACCAAGUCCACCAAAGGGGAAAUCUUGCACUUUCAACCAAGAAUCGUUGGCUGAUGGAGAAACCCAGUCAUUAGACUGCGCUGCCUGCACCUGCAAUGAUGGCUCACUAACAUGUGUGGACAGUCAGAGCUGCUCAGGAAUCUGCUCAGUGACCGGUUUCCAGAUGAUUCGCACUUUUGACGGGACGCUGUAUGAAAGCCCUGGAAGUUGCAGCUAUGUGUUGGCCAAGACCUCCGCAUUCACAAUCAGCUUAAACAAUAAGCUCUGUUCCGAGCUGGACAAUUCUGAUCCAGAUGCAGUUUGCAUUGAAUCUGUGGACAUCUACAUUCCAUCAAAACCCAGCAUUAAACUACAGUCAACUGGAAACAUUCUAUCAGCAGGAGAGACUGCGAUACUUCCGUAUUCUAUUCAAGACACUAUUACUGUCUUAAGAAGUUCCUCGACCUUCCUGGAUGUGGCCAGCACCCUGUUUAAUCUGCAGUACGAUACUGUAGGGAACCGUCUGUAUAUCAUCCUUGAUCCCAGCUACAAGGACCAAACUAGUGGCUUGUGCGGCACUUACAAUGACAAUCGGAACGAUGAUUACAGGAGCUCAAGUGACAUGACUGAAACCGUAUCUAGUUUGUUCAGCACAUCCUGGAGGACUCUGUCUCAAUGCUCAGAAAAUAAAAAAGGAUCAGAAGACACAGAAAGAAAAGCUCAGGCUGAAUUAGAAUGCGAUGCUGCCCUGGAGGGCUCCCUCUUUGAAGACUGCAUUAAUCUGAUUGACAUCCAAUCCUAUAAGAAAUCUUGUGCUAGCAGCUACUACUACGGUGCAACCUUUGGCUUUUGCUCAGCCCUAGCAGAUUAUGCCUAUCGUUGCGCUCAUCACGGAAUCGUCGUCCCGAUCAGCGCUUCUUUCUCAGAAUGCUCUCCGGUGUGUGACGGGGAUAUGAUUCCCACUACCGAGGAAGCGUUCUCCAAUGAAGACUGUGCAGAAUAUUCUUAUUCUUCUUUCCUGAAAAUUCAAUCCACAAUCCCAUUGAAUGAAGCUUGCAUCUGUCCUCCCGAUCUCUACUAUGAUGCUUCGCAGAACACCUGUGUUCCUGGAGAUUCAUGUCCUUGCUACAGAAAUAACCAAGUGUUCAAAUUAGGAGAGACUAUCACUCAGGCCAAUGGACAAACAUGCCCCUGUGAGAGGGUAUUGCAAUGUGGAGAAAUAGAGCCAACAGAGGAACCCAAAGUGGUUGUGCAAUGUUCUGAAGAUGAGAUAUACUCGGAUUGUUUGGUUGGAUAUGGAAAGACAUGUGAGCCAUCUUGCCAAAACUUGCAAGUACUAGACCAGAGUUGUGCUUUGGAUUGCCAGUCAGGAUGUGUCUGCAAAUUUGGUCUUUUAAGAUAUAAUAACACCUGCGUACAACUGAACGAAUGCCCUUGUGUGCACGGAGAUGAUGUUUAUAAACCAGGCGAGACACUGGCUCAGGACUGUAACACUUGCACUUGUGAAAAUGGCAAGUUCACGUGUACCAAUACCCAAUGCAACAGAGUGUGUAAUGUAUAUGCUGGGUCCCAGUUCUUCCAGUUUGAUGGUAUCUGGAAGACGUUUGCCACAAGAACGUGUCCAAUUGUUCUUAUUGAGUCUCGGGUAGGUGAACACCCCUGGUUCAGUGUCGUCAUGCAAAAUAACGCUAAUGAAGACUUUGGAGGAGCUCUGCAAACCAAGACCAUCAACAUCACUUUUGGAGGAGCAUAUGUGAUGCUGAAUGAAUAUGAACCCACAGUGACACACGAGCUGGGCUCUACCACCCAAGUGAAAAUCUACCGUUCUGGAUUCUACGUGGUAGCUCAUUUCCUGGACGGCCUUGCUGUCUACUAUGAUCAACACUUGGAUGUUAUCAUUCAACUGGAACCAUCACUACAGGGCAAGGUUGAAGGGAUGUGCGGUGAUGCCGACGGUACCACAAAUGCCGAGCUUACAAUUAGUAAUAUGGCCCAAUAUGCCGCUCAGUACCUGGUUGGUGAGUGCCCUGAUGACGACACAACUCCUUCGCCUCCUACUGAGAACCACAAGAAGUUUGUGGACUCACGAUGCAAUCUGCUCAGGAGCGAUGACUUUGCCGAAUGUCACACCGUGGUGAAUGUGGAACCUUAUUACACGGCUUGUGUGGAGGAGACUGAGGCUUGCAGAGACGGUGAGAGCUGUCUGUGCUUCUGCACCUCACUGGCCGCUUACGCCCGUGCCUGCUGCAGGAAGGGUGUCACUGUUGACUGGAGAAGCCCUGACAUUUGUCCAUCACCAUGUGAAUAUUACAACCGAGAAGCUGGAGAGGGUCCUUACCGCCUGGUGAUGAUGAAUGGCAAGACUUUGGUGGCUGAUUAUAACACUCGUGCUGUCUCUGUGGAAGAUGUUGGUCCUGGAACCCUGAAAGCUACUUUCAUGGUCACGCCAAGCCUUUAUGUGGACCCACUGAAUGGUAGGAAGCUGGUCUCCCUGGAAUCUGCUGAGCACCACAACUUCUUCAUUGUGCAGAAUGAUGAUGGAACUUUGAGCCUACAGAAGUGGCAGCCAAGCGCGAGCUUCCGUACACAAGCAACUUUCAUUAUGAGACCGAGCCGCUCAGUUAAAAGCUAUGACACAUUGGAAUCAUACUCAGCAAGAGGGAGCUAUCUUUCCGUCAGAAAUGAUGGGCUACUCAUGUCUCGGGUGAAGUCAGGAAACAUAUUGCAGUUGAGCUUCACGUUGACCGAGGAAAGCUUUGGCUUACCGUCAUUCUCUAUCUGUACCUGGAAAUACAGAGCUUGCGGCAGCCCAUGCAUACCAACAUGCCAAGAUCCUCUUGGUACCAAGUGCAUGCUAACACUCAAGGUUGAAGGCUGUUACCCCAUCUGUGCCCCAGGAAUGGUCUUUGAUGAAGUUACUCAUCGUUGUGUGCAAUUUGAAGACUCAAAUCCUACAACUGCAGUAAUUCCAACAGUCCCUCCAACAGCCCCACAGGAAUUACCGUGUCAGAAUGUGGUGUGCCAAGCACCACCGAUAUGUACCGUGAAAGGUGCUGCGCUUGUGAAAGUACCAUGGGCAGAAAAGUGCUGUACAGCCUACGAGUGCAGUUGUACUGUUACCUGCAGCCCUCUUCCAACCUGCAAGGACGGCAGCCCACCAGUAAGAAUCGGAGACCCAGACCUGGAAUGCUGCCCAGACUAUGAAUGCCAUGUUGCACCACCGACCACAGUCCCAUCAGUCUCGCCGACCCAGGAUGUAUGCAAGAAUGUCAUCUGUCCUAUAACAGUCUGUGCAGACUACGAGACAUUGGUGCAAGUCCCAACAGACAAUUCCUGCUGUAAUAAAAAAGAAUGCGUUCCCAACGUAACACCACCACCGCCUUUUGUGACAACGCCCCAGCCAUGUCAGUAUGUCACCUGCGUUGAAGUAGACUGCUUUCCUGGUGAAAAUCUCAUUGUCAACGUGAACCCAGAGGAUCCUUGCUGUGCCUUAAAGAAAUGCGAGCCUCCUGUAACAACAACACCUCCUCCUAUAUGGACUACCACACAAUAUGUAAAGUGCAAAAAUGUGGUUUGUCCAACGAUUACAUGUCACAAGACAGAUUCCGUGCUCGUUGAAGUUGAAGGAGAUGACCCUUGUUGUCCAACUUAUGAAUGUGGUAAGAAUGUGGACAAUGUGGCCCAAAAAAAUACUGUAAUGGACUUGAUCCGAUUACGUCCAUUGAUCCAGAAAACAACUGUUGUCCAGUAUACAAAUGCAAUAAUGAAGGUACUCAAACAAAGCCAACAACAAACGGAAUGUGGUCCGGCCUCUCGGCAUGCCAAUACGCCGCUGACUGUACCAGCCAAAAAGCCUCCUGUCCCCGAGACCACUACAAAGUCGCAUCCUAACCCAUGCAGCGAUGUGAUAUGUCAAGCUACUGAAUGUGACAAGAAGGGAGCUGUCGCCGUAGCCAUCCCAUGGGGGGACGAUUGCUGUCCAUUACACAUUUGCAAGUGUGUAGACAGCUGUGAUCCGAUUCCCGUAUGCGAGGAUGGCAGCCCACCGCUGAGAAUUGGAAAUCCUGAUACCAGCUGCUGCGUAGAAUAUGAAUGUAGAUCUCCCUCACCAACACCGCCUAUUCCGAAAUGUGAAGACAUCACUUGCAUUUAUCCAACAUGUUCUGCUGGUUACUCGGUGGUAAAAACUCUGGUUAGCGCUGACCCAUGCUGUGAUAACAUCAUCUGCGUGCCAGACGCAACCACUCCUCCUCCCACCUUACCUCCACCGUUCUGUGAUGCAUCUGAGUGCUUCAAACCAAUUUGUAAUUAUGGUGAAAAACUCUUAGUGAAACCAAACCCCUUUGACACGUGCUGUGCCCUGUAUGAAUGCAUAAAUGAACCCACCACAACCCUCAGCCCUGAGACAACAACACAGAGUGAAACCUGCGCCAAUGUUGAGUGUAGCAAGAAUCCUGUCUGCACCAAGGAUGGUUCCUCGCUAGUGUUUGACAGCUGGGAGAACAACUGCUGCCCUCUAAACAAAUGCCAGUGCCAGCCAUGCGACUCCAUUCCAUAUUGUGAUGGUCGCCCGUCGACGAUGUACUUUAAUGAAGACACACAAUGCUGCCCAACAUAUGAGUGCCUCCCACCCACUACGGUGCCCACAGUUCCUGUCCCUGACACCACUACAGUGUCUCCUCCUAACCCAUGCAGCAAUGUGAUAUGUCAAGCUACUGAAUGUGACAAGGAGGGAGCUGUCGCCGUAGACAUCCCAUGGACGGACAAUUGCUGUCCACAGCACGUAUGCAAGUGUGUAGACAGCUGUGAUCCGAUUCCCGUAUGCAAGGAUGGCAGCCCACCGCUGAGAAUUGGAGAUCCUGAUACCAGCUGCUGCGUAGAAUAUGAAUGUAGACCACCCUCACCAACACCGCCUACUCCGAUAUGUGAAGACGUCACUUGCAAUUAUCCAACAUGUUCUGCUGGUUACUCAGCGGUAAGAAUCCCGGGGAGCGCGGACGCAUGCUGUGAUACCGUCUACUGCGAGCCGGAUGCAACCACUCCUCCUCCCACCUUACCUCCACCGUUCUGUGAUGCAUCCGAGUGCUUCAAACCAAUUUGUAAUUAUGGUGAAAAACUGUUGGUGAAACCAAACCCCAUUGACACGUGCUGUGCCCAGUAUGAAUGCAUAAAUGAACCCACCACAACCGUCAGUCCUGUAACAACAACACAGAGUGAAACCUGCGCCAAUGUUGAGUGUAGCGAGAAUCCUGUCUGCACCAAGGACGGUUCCUCGCUAGUGUUUGACAGCUAUGAGAACGAAUGCUGCCGUCUAUACAAAUGCCGGUGCCAGCCAUGCGACCCCAUUCCAUAUUGUGAUGGUCGCCCGUCGAUGAUGUACUUUAAUGAAGACACACAAUGCUGCCCAACAUAUGAGUGCCUCCCACCCACUACGGUGCCCACAGUUCCUGUCCCUGACACCACUACAGUGUCUCCUCCUAACCCAUGCAGCAAUGUAAUAUGUCAAGCUACUGAAUGUGACAAGGAGGGAGCUGUCGCCGUAGACAUCCCAUGGACGGACAAUUGCUGUCCACAGCACGUUUGCCAGUGUGUAGACAGCUGUGAUCCGAUUCCCGUAUGCGAGGAUGGCAGCCCACCGCUGAGAAUUGGAGAUCCUGAUACCAGCUGCUGCGUGGAAUAUGAAUGUAGACCACCCUCACCAACACCGCCUACUCCGAUAUGUGAAGACGUCACUUGCAUUUAUCCAACAUGUUCUGCUGGUUACUCAGCGGUAAGAAUCCCGGGGAGUGCCGACGCAUGCUGUGAUACCGUCUACUGCGAGCCGGACGCAACCACUCCUCCUCCCACCUUACCUCCACCGCCCUGUGAUGCAUCCGAGUGCUUCAAACCAAUUUGUAAUUAUGGUGAAAAACUGUUAGUGAAACCAAACCCCAUUGACACGUGCUGUGCCCAGUAUGAAUGCAUAAAUGAACCCACCACAACCCUCAGCCCUGAAACAACAACACAGAGUGAAACCUGCGCCAAUGUUGAGUGUAGCGAAAAUCCUGUCUGCACCAAGGACGGUUCCUCGCUAGUGUUUGACAGCUGGGAGAACGACUGCUGCCCUCUAAACAAAUGCCGGUGCCAACCAUGCCGCCCCAUUCCAUAUUGUGAUGGUCGCCCGUCAAUUAUGUACUUUAAUGAAGACACACAAUGCUGCCCAACAUAUGAGUGCCUCCCACCCACUGAGGAACCCACAACAACAGCUAAACCCCCAACUGUCCCCACAACUGUCAUCAUCAGCACGUCUAAGGUCAACUGUGCAGGCGUAACCUGCUCACAGAAAGUCUGCAAAGCCAAUGAAAAACUGGUGACAAGCAUAAAUCCACUCAACCACUGCUGUCCCUUGCAGAGAUGCGAAUGCAAUUGCAAGACAAUACCGGCCUGCGGCCACAACGAGCGACUGAUCGCGGUGCAACAGAACAAGCAGUGCUGUCCAAAGCUUAAAUGUGAGAAGAAGAAAGAUCAGUGUAAUGCUGUGUCUACAGAAGUGAAACUGACGUCUGGAAAGUGCCAUGCCACGGUCAUAUUAUCAACGUGUCAUGGUUACUGUCAUUCCACGACAGGAUACAGCAGCCUGUGGACCCCAGUCUCCCACUGUCGCUGUUGCUCAGUAACCGCAGUCCAGAAUAAGACCUUCGAACUGCCGUGCCCAGAUGGCACAAAGGCCCGCUUGACAGUGCAGGAAGCAUCACGGUGUGGUUGCAAUAGAUGUAGUGAGGAAAAUGAAAGCAGUGGCGAUGGCAGUGGAAGUGGCAGUGGUAGUGGCAGUGGAAGUGAAGAAAUUGGUAGCGGGUAUUUGUUGUGGUCAAAUUUCGGUGACCACAACUAGAUGUAAUUGCACCAUUUACAGUAAACAAGCCUUUAGCAAAGUUGCUGCUUCACAAAAAUAGGGUUCCUCUAAACACUUUUUAUAGCAGAGACUGUAAUCAUCAACAUUGCUUGUUUCAUUUAUAUAACUGUCUCCACCUAGUGGUAGGAAGCAAUAUAGCAGAACACUGUAUAAAAAUGCAUCUAAAAAACCGAGAACUUGUGUAUUAUAAAACAACUCCUGUAAACAACAGUCACUGUGUCUAACAGGAAAUAUUUGAGCUUUUCAUAGAGCCUUUGUUAAAUAAGUUUCUGCAAUCACAAACCAGCUGCAAGUGUUUGAAAGUUUUGCUUUACUUUCUCAUAAUAUGGAUGUGUUCUGCAGAUAGAGUAUACUGACACUCCAAUUUAUACUGUACAGCACUGAUCUCACACUGCCCUUUGUUCAUAGUCUGUAGAACUUCAGAACUUUCUUAUACAGUAUGUGAAUACGCCAAUGCUUACAAUUCCAGGAAUAUUAAAGCCAAACUCAGGUGUACACGGACAUGUGUUCUUCAGGCCCUGAUACGUUUUUAGUGUACGUCUUGUCUAACAGUAAGCCAAUGAUUUAUCUGCUUGAUGAGGAUAAUGGAACUAAACAUAAAGAAGUACACCACAUUCAAAUAACCUGGAAAAUGAAGGAUUAUAUUUUUUUACCGGGCAUGAAGGAAUAUUGUAAAGACUAGUUAUAACUUAAGUAAUGUGUAAAUGUAAUAAUAGCAAAUUACUGAGCCAAAAUCUCUGGGUUCUAUCAUAACGCUCAGCUGUCGUCCAUUAGUGUUCUGUUGAAGUAAGAGAUUGAAACAAUUAGGAUUGUACCACCAUUAGGAACAGUUAUGGUCCAUGCAUACAUGUCACAUGCAGUGAAUUGUUUUGUUUUUUUAUUAGAAUUCUGGAAACUUUACUGUGAUUUAUAAAAUAAAAUACAUUUCUUAACCAACA